CAGGGAUCAAACCCACAACCUAGUUGUAAGAAAAAGUAGAAAUUACUUCUGGCUAUUGAAUAGCAAAAACUAAGUGACACUGCAAGCCAUGGCACUACCAUUCCGUAAGGACUUAGAAAAGUACAAGGACCUGGAUGAAGAUGAGCUCCUUGGGAACCUAUCAGAAUUAGAACUGAAACAACUGGAAACUGUUCUUGAUGAUCUCGACCCUGAAAAUGCCCUUCUGCCUGCAGGGUUCCGACAAAAGAACCAGACCUCAAAGUCUGCCACAGGGCCAUUUGAUAGAGAGCACCUCCUGUCAUAUCUGGAGAAGGAAGCUUUGGAGCAUAAGGACCGGGAAGACUAUGUGCCUUACACUGGAGAAAAAAAAGGGAAAAUAUUUAUCCCUAAACAGAAACCUAUGCAGUCUUUUACAGAAGAAAAAAUCUCUCUUGAUCCGGAAUUAGAAGAAGCUUUGACAAGUGCUUCUGAUACAGAAUUGUGUGACCUUGCAGCUAUUCUUGGGAUGCACAAUUUGAUAACGAAUACACAGUUCUGUAAUAUAGUGGGAAGUAGUAAUGGUGUCGACCAAGAACAGUUUUCAAAUGUGGUAAAAGGUGAAAAGAUCAUCCCAGUAUUUGAUGAGCCACCAAAUCCAACCAACGUUGAAGAGAGUUUAAAGAGAAUUAAAGAAAAUGAUGUUCGUCUUGUUGAAGUUAAUUUGAAUAAUAUAAAGAAUAUUCCAAUUCCAACACUGAAAGACUUUGCGAAGGCUUUGGAAACCAACACACAUGUGAAAUGUUUAAGUCUUGCAGCCACACGGAGCAAUGACCCAGUUGCUAUUGCUUUUGCAGAUAUGCUGAGAGUGAACAAAAAUUUGAAGAGCUUAAACAUGGAAUCCAACUUUAUUACAGGAGCCGGAGUUCUAGCACUGAUUGAUGCUUUAAAAGAUAAUGAGACCCUGACUGAGCUCAAGAUUGACAAUCAGAGACAGCAGUUGGGGACGGCUGUAGAAUUGGAAAUGGCCAAGAUGCUUGAGGAAAAUACAAAUAUCCUUAAGUUUGGAUAUAGAUUUACACAGCAGGGACCCCGAACCAGGGCAGCUAAUGCUAUAACGAAAAAUAAUGACUUAGUUCGCAAGAGACGAGUUGAAGGAGACCACCAGUAAGUCCGCCGUGGUAUAACCUUUGGAGGGCUUCGAAAGGGCAUCAAGGACUUGUGUUGGUGAUAUCAGAUAUAAAAUUUUCCUGGGUAGAAGGGAAAAGACUGGAAAUCUUUUUUUUUGUAACUACAUAUAUAUUUUUUCUAGUUUAAGUUACCAGCUUUAAAUUGUAAAAUCAAUAGUAGGUGAUAUUUUAUAUUUUAAAGCAUUAUUUCUAACUUUCUGCUAAACUGUUUUAAUUUAGCUUAAUUGAGUGGUUUAUGAUGGGUCUUGGUUAAAAAAAAAUACAAUUAUAAGAAAGUUUAGGAAGUCACUUAUGUAGAAUAAUAUGAACAUUUUAAGGACCAAUCUCUUUUUUAAAUAAAAAAGGGAUGUUGCUGAUACCAGACUUGCUGUUGCACCUUGUGGGUACAAGGCACUUCAAAGCUUUUGUUAUUCCAGGAUGUGAAGUUUCUCAUGUUUUAGAAUACGUGGCAAGAAUUUAGCAAGAGUGUGCUUUUGCUUCUGUCAAGAAAGCACGAUGCCAGAAUUUUAAAACAGGUGACUUAAGAUCUAAUCAUCUGUUUAGAAGUAAAAGCUGGUUUCUAGGAGAGAGAACAUGCAUUCCAGGUCACUGCACUAGUCUGAUGUAUCUUAGUAACACCUACCUAAACCUUUAAGAGUAUAGUGAUGUCUAAGCUCAUUACAGUUUUUCAUUUUAAUAAUGUGGACAUGAUUAAAUUUUUGUGAAAGCCCAUAGUAAAAAGCACCUGAGUAGGAAAGGUAUUUCCUGUAAAAGGCAUAUAGCCAACUCCUGGUUAUAUAGGGUAAAAGAAAGAAAGCUGCUGUUUACAGUAAACGUGAAGGUGAAGUCUGAGGAGCAUGCAAAAUGGUCAUUUAAACUGAUGGUCACUGUGAAGCAAAUUAGAAACUGGCAUGCGUGUAAGUCAGUGUUGCACAGUGUAGUGAGGAGUCCCUGUGUGCCAUGCAGAAUUCCAGAAAUGGUAUUUAAUCAUCACUCACUACAAAUUUUCCAACCAGUAAGGAAAACUGUCCUUCAUAAAUCUGAUUUUAGUUUCCUUUCAUCUUGUACUUUUUUGUCCAUACUGUAUAAAACUAAUUUCUCAUAACAAAAGUUGUCUUCCUGUUACUCAGAGUAUCAGAGUGAACAGUUGAACAGUGUCCUGUAGUGGGAAGAAUGACUCCAGACCGCCAGUGUGACAGAGGGUUUGGACCUGUAACCUUGCCCGUUUCAGGGCAGCCUCUGCAGCCCGAGAUGGCGGAGUCUUCACAGCUGCAAAAGCAGGGUCAAAGGAAUCUGAGCAACCCUGGCCUCGGAAAUUCAGGCCCGGCUGCACCAUUUACAGGGAGAUUUUCCUAAGGGAAGAAUCUCAUUUCAGAGUAGCAGAGAGGUCUGUUGUUAAUUUAAAAAAUUUUUUUUUGGUCUGCUCCUUCGGGUUAGGGUGGACAGUUUAUCCAAUGAGCUAGGCAGCUUCUUAUGUACUAUGGUAAUAAGCCUCUUAACAGAGUGUGUUUGUUUCUUUGCAUUAGUAUCCAGUGUUUUAAAAGGGCUGAAGAUUGACUUUGCACUAUUUCCUUUCACUUAUAGGCUGCUGAUUUUUUUUUAAGUUAGGAAGUGCCGCUCUCCUUUUCAUAUACAUCUUUGGAAAUGUACUUGAUUUUAGAGACCGCACUGUUGCAGCAGGGUGGGGGCCGGCGUGGAGCAGGGAUGUGAGGCUACCGUUACACUGUCAGCAAGGCGGCCUUGCUAGCACUGUCCUGUAAGUCAGUACAUUGAUUAGUAUGUUACCCCUUCCAUGAGUUUUUUUAGUUUGUUUUUUUUUUAACAUAGGUAGGCGAGCUCUUGCCUAAAAUUGUAUGUCAUACUUAUGGAUAAUAUCUUUAGUAUGAAGAAGUUGAGUGUUUUGCUUGUACCAUUCCAGUUCUCAGCUACAAUAGUUCAUUAUAUAAUUGAGGAAAAAAUUUCUUCAUAAAUAACUUUAAAGGUAAACAUUCAUCUGAUUGAAUAUGGAAAAAUCUUUCAAGAAUUGUAAUUACAGGGGAGAAAACUGAUGUUUACUUUGAUCUUUAAAAACCUGGCACCCCUUAACCUUUUAGUAACUUUUGGAAUUUCUACAUUGCUCUAAAAUUUUGUAAUAGGUUAGGGUUGAUUUUUAAACCAAAGAUGUUAUGAGACCUUAAGUUUUGUAGUCUGGCUGAUUUAAACUUAUCUGGUUAUCUAAUCAAAAAACAUUCUUUGCAUUUUUAAAUUGCUGUUUUUUAAAAGCUUUAACUUCCCAUUUUAUAAAAUUUUAUAUUUAUAUUUGUCCAAAAUUUUUCUAGUAUGUCUACAUGAAAUUGUAUUUUAAAAAGAUUACUAACGUUGAUAUUAUUAAAAUGGAUUUUGGUGCUAUAUACUUGUAGCUAGUAGAAGUCUAAAGUGUAGGAGAAAUACAUUUUCUAAGGGUGCCUGUCAUUUAAAAGACCAAAUAAACAUUUUAUGUUUUAAAAAUUAGCAAUUGUUAGAGAUUUCAAGGAGAAUUAUCUUGAUCGUUAAAUUGCAAAUUUGUGUUAUUUUAAUGAAGUAACCCACAUACUUUAUGCAUAGGUACACUCUGGAAAAGUUACAUGUAAAUAGAACUUUGUAAAUUGUUUUUCCAUUGACAGUAACUGAUGUAUUUUCAUUUAAAAGGGGAAUUCCAUGGUAUUAAUGAUUAUAAAAGAAAAAGUAUGUUUUGAUAAAAUGUUAGUCAUGUUCUAUUAUACAUUAUAUUUAACCCUUGCUGCCAUUAAAAUAAGAUGAAAAGAUUCAUGAGGUGUCAUAAAAUCUUAUAUUUUUGGCCCUGUGUUUCCAGGGCUGCCUCAUGUACUCCUUAUAAAAUCAGGAACCACCAUUACCUCCACGCAGAUCUGAGGAGCGUGCUUUUUCUGGAGCCCCUAGCAGCUUCUGUUCUCUGCAAGCUCAGUACUGUUCCACUUGGCUCCUUCUUUCGAUGCCACUUCACGUUUAAAAAAUAAUUAUUCCCGUUUCAUUGAGAUAUAAUUGACAUACAACAUUGUGUUAGUUUAAGUUAUACAACAUAACGAUUUAGCAUAUGAAUACAGUAAAACAUGAUCACAGUAAGUUUAGUUAACAUCCAUCACCUCCCACAGUUAAAAAAAUACUUAUUCCUUGUGACGGGAACUUUUAAUAUCUACUCUCAGCAACUUUCAUAUGUACAAUACAGUAUUGUUAACUGUAGUCACGUGCUGUCCCUUACCUCCCAGGACUUAGUCAUAUAACUGGAAGUCUGUACUGUUGACCACCUCGCCCACUUUCUUCAUCCCCACCCCUGCCUCUGACAACCACCAGUCUGUUUCUGUGAGUUCAGUUUUUUCCAUUCUCACGCAGGUGAGAUCAUGCAGUAUCUGUCUCUGUGUCUGGCUUACUUUACUUAGCAUAAUUCCCUGAAGGCCACUUCACUUUUGAGUAGUAUUAACCGAAGACCUGGCAUCCAUGAAACUGAACACGGGAUGUGCCAGAGCAGCUCCCGCUGCUGCCCUCAGACUAGGGCCCUUUUUAGAUUUGUCUGCUUAAGAAGUAUUUAAAAAAAAAAUGGCACAUAAACAUAUGCUUGCACACACACAUUGCAUAAAAAUCUGUGUAAUUUCAAAUAAAUGCCCACUUUAUAUUUUUUAGUCUUUUGGAUGAAUCAUAUUUUGUUUUAGUUAUGUUUAAAAGCUUGAAAACUACCUUGUUACAAUGUAUCAUUCUUUGUCACAUCAAAUAAGUAUUUAAAUACAUUUUUAAUGCUAAAAUAUCCAAAAUGCUGUAGAUGUUUUAUUUUUUCAAUUUUUAUAAAUACAAAUGUGUUAAAUUUUAUAAUGCUGAUGUCUAAAUAUUACAAAACAUCAUCAACCUGGUUUCUAAUCGCACAGUGAAGUGUCUUUUGAAGAACAUGUACUAUAAGCAUUUAGGAUUUACCACUUUUUACUGGAAGAAAUUUCAAUAAAGUUUAUCAAAUACCCUGUA